CGUCGCCACUGUACAGUUUACAGCUGCAACACAACAGGGUUGGGUACCAUGAUUGUGGAGGUGCUUGUGGCUGCGGUCCUGGGGGCUGUGAUCUAUUUCCUCCUGCUGAAGCGCAGGCAGGAGGUCCUGAAGACAGAGGAUGGCUGGUGGGGUGUGGGGCUGCCCCCAGAGACCGAGGAGGACGACAGCAUUCGCCCCUUCAAAGUGGAGAUGUCGAAAGAGGAGAUUGAGGAUCUGUACAGAAGAAUAGACCAGACACGGUCCUUCCCCUCCCUGGAAGACAGCCAGUUUAACUACGGUUUCAACUCCAACUAUCUGCAAAGAGUGGUGUCAUAUUGGAGGAAUGAGUUUGACUGGAAGAAACAGGUGGACAAACUGAACAAAUACCCACAUUUUAAAACUAAAAUCGAAGGAAUCGAUGUGCACUUCAUCCAUGUGCGUCCUCGGAACCUUCCAGAAGGGACCAGCGCCGUCCCUCUGCUGAUGGUGCACGGCUGGCCGGGCUCCUUCUACGAGUUCUAUGGGAUGCUGCCCCUGCUAACUGAGCCCACUGACCCGGAUGACAUCGCAUUUGAGGUCAUCUGCCCCUCAAUCCCAGGCUACGGCUUCUCAGAAGCCCCACACAAGAGAGGUUUCGACUCUGUGUGUGCCGCCCGAGUGUUCCAUAAACUGAUGAGGAGGCUGGGUUUCACGCAGUUCUAUGCCCAUGGCGGGGACUGGGGCUGGCUCAUCACCACCAAUAUGGCCCAGCUGGAACCCAAAACAGUCAAAGGGCUCCAUGUCAACUUUGCUCCCCCCUCCAAGCCCGGCUUACCCAUGAUGCUGUCGAUACUUUUGGGCCGGCGUUUCCCCAAGCUGUUCGGCUUCACGGACCACGACCUGAAGCGCCUGUUCCCCUACAUGGAGAAGGUGGUGGUGGAGUCACUGCUGGAGACAGGAUACAUGCACAUCCAGGCAACAAAGCCUGACACCGCAGGCCGCGGGUUGAAUGACUCUCCUGUUGGCCUGGCUGCUUAUAUCCUGGAGAAGUUCUCUACCUGGACCGACCCUGAGUUCAGGAACCUGGAAGAUGGAGGCCUGGAGAGGAAUUUUUCCCUUGAUGAUCUUCUGACCAACGUGAUGAUUUACUGGACCACAGGAUCUAUCAUCUCAUCAAUGCGCUUCUACAAGGAGAACUUUGGCAAAGGCUUGAAUCAGAAACAUGCGCAGAUUCCAGUGUAUGUGCCUACGGGAUUCGCCUCGUUCCCCAAUGAGCUGAUGCACUCGCCCAAGCUGUGGGUGAAGCAGAAGUACCGCCGGCUGAAGUCUCACAGCCCCAUGGCCCGAGGGGGGCACUUCGCCGCCAUGGAGGAGCCCCAGCUGAUGGCCACGGACAUCCAGAGCUUCAUCAAAAUGCUGGAGAAGAGGAAGAAGAAGUGAUCCCUUCCUGCUCUCAAAUGAAGCUGUUCCACAGAUAUUCUACUGUGACCAGAUAAUCUGUGGCUGUACAUACAGUAUUAGAGCUCAGCCCUUGCAUGCAAUUUACACUGAAUACUCAUGUCCAACACAUUCUCCAGUUUAUACACAUCCAGCUGUACACUGUCUGUCAGUUCACUGUACACACAUCCAACACACAUACUCACCCACUUGGCUACACACACCCACUCAGCUAUGCACACCCAACCAGCAAUACACACUCACUCACACACACGCUCAGCUACGCACACUCACUUAGCUAUACACACCCACUCAAUUACGUACACCCACCCAGCAAUACACACCCACUCACGUAGACACACCUAACCACCUAUAUGAGCAUAUCUGGAUUACUGCACACGCAAACCUAGCUAUGUAUAUGCACCGAGAUCACAGCACACACAAACCCAUCUAUAUACAUACACUCAGAUCACUGUACACAUAAACCUAGCUAUACACACAAACACAGAUCCAUUGUACACAUAAACCCAGCUAUGCACACACCCAAAUCGCUGCACACAUGAGUCCAGAGCAAAGGCCCUUUGUAGAAGCUGUUGUUUCCCUCUUAAGGCCUCCUAAUGCCUAGCUGGAGGAGGAGCGUGAGGUAGAUCAGUUGGCAGUUUCUGCAAGUGAGGACAUUCUCAUACAUUAUCCUUGUUUUUCUUAUGCUGUGUAUUGACCGAAUGAAGAAUGGACCAAUUGAAAUACUAGGGUAGUAGAGUCAUAGCUGUGGGUUUUUAAUCACCCUCAGAUUUUAAAUGCGUAGGAAUUUGUAGAAAAAAGCUGCAUCACAUGAUGAGUGAUGCCAGAUAACAUUUUCAUUUUUUGAGAAGUAGUUACUCUGGAUUGGAGAGUGAAAAUUCAUUUUUAUGUAGUUUUUGGGUUAUC